CUGACAGAAAGCAAGUCAUUGCUUUUUACCUAUUUAAUAUUCAGCUUUCGCUAUCGCAGCUCACUUUCCUGUUUAUAGGUCAAAUUGAAACGUGAUUCAAGAUGGCUGACAAUAUGUUUUUCUGUCUGCUAAUGUUAGGCGGAGUAACCUUAAGUCUACAGCAAACAGUUGACGUCACUAACGUCUGCUCACAUAACCGCUGGCCUGAUGGCCUCUACGCCCACCCCUACCACUGCUCCAAGUUUAUCGAAUGUGUGUCGUACCAGACGACAGUGAUGGACUGUCCUGGCACCCUCCUCUUCAGUGGCCUCAACCAGACCUGCAUGCACAUGGACGUGGCCGAGUGCUUUCACGCACCGCCGCCUACAGAGCCUCCUAUUGAUCUAUUCGACUUCUGCGCCCGCAUGAACCUGACCAAUGGGAUUUACCCAAACCCGACGGACUGCUCAAAGUACAUCAUGUGCACCUUCAUGACCACCGCCAUCUUGUCGUGUCCGGCUGGUCAAUCGUUUUACCACGUGUUCAACAACUGUGUUUAUUUUGCCACUCAUUCCUGUCUUUAAGUUCAGUAAAAUAAAGUUCCCU